GAAUAUUCGAGUCAUCCGGUAGGAACCCGAAAGCGGAGCAUGAAGUCUUGUCCAAUGAAAAACAAUGGGCCGUAAUAUCAGUAAGCUUCGAAACUUCCCCACUCUUGAAUGCAGAAUGGAGAUAACAAAAGCCGCAACCUCAAUGCAUUUUUCUUUUGUCAUCUGCAACGACCGCCACCAUGACCGUUAUACAAGAAUCGAGUCCGAAAGUCGACGAGACGUCUCCGCUGCUGGCCACGGAGCCUUCGAAGCCUAAGAAAUGGGGCAAGUCAGUUGUGUAUUGCACAUUGUUGUGUGGUUUCCUGGUCACGCUUUCAUUUAGCGUUACCCAAGUCCCUAUGAUUUAUGUCUUUCGUCUCAUGACUUGUGAUGCCUAUUAUGAGACGCAUCCAGAACCAGGACCAGGUUUUGACCGCUGUUCAAACCACGAAAUCGAAGCCGGCACGGCCCGAGCUGUGUCUUUAGUCGGAGCUUCAACCACUUUCUUUGGCGUCAUCAAUCUUUUCGUCACAGGAUGGAGUAUCAAAAGAUUCGGGAUCAAAACUUCUCUCGCAAUCCAAGUCUUCUGGCCUGCUGUUCGUCUCGCUGUCCAAAAUGUCGGUGUCGAUACUGGAAGUGGCACGGGGAUCCUUAUCAUUCAGCUGUCGCAAAUCAUCACCAUCAUCGGAGGUCCCGCUGGGUACUUACUUUCACUGAAUUCAUAUAUCACAGAAAUUGUCAGUCAUGAAGAACGAACUGGGGUUCUGGGGCAAUUGCAAGGCUGCGCCAUGUUUGGAAAUGCACUUGGAUACUUGGCUGGAGGUCUACUUGCCGAUUGGAUGAACAUCGCUGCUCCAUUCAGAGUCACUCUCAUGCUUUUUAUACUUUCAUGCAUAUAUGUUCUCCUAGUCUUACCUUCUAUUCCCAAGAGCGAGAAUGUGCCAGGGCCUGCCUCGAAAGGAAUCACCAAGUUCUUCGGCCCACUCAAGACGUUCGCUCCUCAAAAAUGGGUCCUGAUAGAUGGACGCACCCAACGCGAAUAUGGAGCAGGUCUCUUAGGAAUUGGUGUCUUCCUAGGAGUCUUAGCAACAGGCUACAUUCCCGUCCUUCUCCAAAUGUACGCCACAGACAUCUUCGGUUUCGGAACAACAGCAAACGGCUACCUCGUCGCCACAAACUCCCUGAUCCGAGGCCUGUUCCUCACCCUCGCCUUCCCCCGCAUCAUCACUGCCGGACGAAAAUGGCUCGAAAGCAAAAAAGAAACCUCAGACACAGAAUUGAACCCCUCCAAACCGCCCACGCAACCAGAGCCCACCAUGGAACCGACUCAAAUCGACGAAGUAGAAGCCAUGGAGAACGAAGAAGAGGCCGUUGAACCCUUGGCAACGGAUGAGAAAGAGACGUUCCAAUUCGAUCUCUUCUUUACGCGGUGGAGUCUCAUCGCUGAUGGCGUGUUGACUGGGGCCGCUUCUUUUGUGACGGAGGGUUGGCAAAUGUAUCUCAUUGCCGUUAUGCUCCCGUUGGCUUCCGGGACAGGAUCUUCGGCCAAGGGCACGAUUUUGCAGAUGUGUCCUGCUUCCGAGAGGGCGGAUGCGCUGAGUGCGAUUACGCUUGUAGAUAUGGUUGCUAGGCUUACUACCACCACGGUCUUUGGGUUGAUUUUCGCUGCAUUUGCGGAUAUUGGACAGACGUAUUUGGUGUUUACUUGUAAUGCUGCCGUGGCGCUCUUGGGGUUCAUCGUGUUACUGUUCUCACGUUUCCCACCGGAUGGAAGCAAGAGAUUCGUAGAAGAGACACGCGAACCGCUUCUUGUGGAAAAUGAAACGGAGUGAUCUGUUUUAGGAUGUCAUGGAGUUGGCGAAAUUGUUAGGAAAGGUAGAAAAGGUAUAGACGGAUGGUAUAUGGUUGGUUUAGAAAGAUUGUUGAUUAUGUAGGUGGCGUUAGGGAGUUGGUAAUGGAAUGAAUUGAGAAUUAUCUUCGUCUCAACAAGGUCCCUUUCGAAGCAACCUUAAAUACAACUCAAACAGCUAUAAUAAUACCUCCAGCGUGACUAGAUAUAGCAAGUUAGGAGACAGGAAUGCUUCAAAAAC